CACAGGAACGUGGGAUGUGUAAGCUAUUAAUAAAUCUUCGAUUACGAUUUCCUAUAUACUUUACCAGACGUAUAGGCAUGGCUGGUAAACUGGCACGUUUUGUAGCUGUUAGAAAAAGCUCAAACCGGGACCAAGAGAAUGUAUUAUAUGUGUUAAGAGCUGGUGUUAUAAUACUGGUUGGUGUUUUAUACUGGAACGCUGCUAUAAGACAAACGUAUAUAGACAUAUUAUGGUUCUGGUUGAAGACAAAGUAUUGGUAUCAGACCGUAUACAAUGAAACUAUAGCAGUGCAGUUAUACAGCUUCGUGGCUAUGGUGCCUUUCCGUGUUAUGAACUAUUUCAAAAUCGGAACGAAGUACAAAAUAAACAACGCUGGAAAUUACGAGAAUACGCCGGUGGUUGAUAUUUUGCUUGAAGCGUUUGAAUACUCAUGGCCGCUUGUGAUACUGGAUACUUUCCACGUGAAGAAAUAUGGGGGCGUGUCGGGGGCGUUGCUGAAUAGGAGGCGACAGGAUUGGAUUCAGGUAACUCGUCAACUCCCCGAAGACCCUCCGUUGCUAGGCGACAUGGUGCGUCAUCUAGUGGUUGGGUUGGUGCUAUAUGACGUCGCGUUUUUUCUUCAACAUUUUACGUUUCAUAAAAUCCCAACUUUGUACAGACUGUUCCACAAGAAACAUCACACGCACACAUCAGUUAAUGUGAAAGUAACGAACCGACUACACGUGAUCGAACGUAUAUUACUCGUUCUAUCCGCUAACUUUGGUUUAUGGAUCCAAGGAGCGCACCCACUGACGAGAAGCGUGUUUAUCGUUGUAUUCAUAAGCAUGCUUAUCGAGAAUCACUGUGGUUUCGACUUCCCAUAUUCAUAUGACAAGAUAUUACCAGAUGGGUUGGUCGGCGGGUCGAGGCGACAUUGCGAACAUCACCAUAAUGGCAACAAGAACUACCAGCCUAUCUUCACAUACAUUGAUGCUUUGAUGGAUUGGAUGAAACGAAAGUGAAUAUUUUACCCUUUGCCCUUGAUGACGUGGCUUCCGCUUUUGAUGACGCCAUUCCUCGGGUUGAUGACGAAAGCAUUACGUCGAUAUGACGUCGAAUUGUCCGGACGAUGAAAAUUGAUGUUUUGUAUCGAAUACGUGACGUCAUCAUUUACGUCAUAAUCCGUUGCGUUGAUCUGUGAUGUCAUAGUGACGUGUUAUUCUUCAAUGUUACAUAUUUUAUCCUAGGAAAUAAAAUUUCUAAC